AUGGGCUCCGAGGCCGCGCGCUGCUGGACGCGCUCCGAUUCGCCAGCCCGGAAGCACAAGCGGCCAGCGGCGGCGGACCCGAGGGGACCCCGUACAUCAACACCUCUAGGUGUGGCCAGGAUCCUGUCUCAGGAGGCUGGAGUAACGGACAUUGUGGUGCUGCAGGCUGCUCUGCUCCACGACACAGUGGAGGACACAGACACCACCUUCUCGGAGAUCGAGGAGCAGUUUGGGGAGGAGGUGAGGCGGAUCGUGGAGGAGGUGACAGACGACAAGAUGUUGCCCAAGAUGGAGCGGAAACGCCUGCAGAUAGAGCGUGCGCCCCACAGCAGUCGGGGAGCCAAGCUGGUCAAGCUGGCAGACAAGCUGUACAACCUGCGGGACCUGAACCGCUGCACACCGGCAGGCUGGUCUGAGCAGCGGGUCCAGGAGUACUUCGUGUGGGCCGCCCAGGUGGUGAAGGGUCUGCGGGAGACAAGCCCUGCGCUGGAGGAGAAGUUGCAGCAGCUGUUCAGGGAGCGAGGGCUGCCGGAGUGACUGUGCGGGGUGCCUGCCAUGUGACACUUGCCAGCAAAUGCUGCUAAGUCAAGCACUGAUGUUAACUACUGACUCCCACAGCGCGCCUUCCACAGGCCAGCGCCCUCAGCCCCGCCUGGAUCAGAGCAGCGAGCCAGUGAUAUCUGCAUGGACUCUGCUCACAAGCCCACCUAUUCAGGCACUCCUGCCCCCUGGGCAAGGGAGGGUGCAGAGAUGGGGGCCAGAUAAAGGGCAGCACAGAAUUGGACAGGGGAUUAAAGCCCAAGCGGUCCCCUGCUACAGAAUACCCACACUCUCCUGGGGGGCAGGAGCUCUCCUUUCCACUGCUUCUCUCCUUCUCCUCCUCUGGCCUCCAGCACCGAACUUCCCCCUCCAGAGGGAGCAGGGCAUAUGCUCCUCCCAAAGACUCUCAUAACCCUCUCCCUGGGGCUCAGCUGGGGAGGAGAAGUGGGGGUAGGUAGACAGACCCCCUCAGCGAGUGUUUCCUGUCCCUAGCCUAGGUGGGAUGGGGGCCCUAAGGCUCUGGUGAGGUCACACCCUAACUGGGGGUCAGGGUCUAGGCUCUGAGUGCAGCCUGCCCAGCUUGGGGGCCGAACUGAGUGACUGUCUCUAAAUAAAAGCCCUGGGUGCCAUGA